UUCCCUUGAAGUCCCCUCCUCGCCUUCUCCUCGCGUUUUUGCAACGUCGACUGUGUUCGGUGUCUCUCGCUUAUAUAGUCCCCUCCCUCGACUUUUCAGUCAACUCACUCUCUUUACCCUCUCCUCGAAGCUACAGUCUUCUCUCUCGCAAUGUUCAACCUCCUUCCCCUCGCCUCGGUCGCGCUCUUCGCCGCCUCAUCUGUGAACGCCAUCGUCGUUCCCCGCAGGGACCCUCCUGCAGGAUGGGCGACCAACUACCUUGAGGACUACACCACGUACCACGUUCGCUACCUUGCACUCGACUGCCAAGACAAGCACAAUACCGAUUUCUUCGACCAGUGCUGCCAUCCGUUGUUGGCUACCGAGACAUUGCAGACCGCGCGCGCGUCUCAAUGUAUCCCCUCUGCCGCCGCCUCUGUCUCUGCAUCAGCCGCGGAGCCCUCGUCAACGGUCGCUACCCCUGCCGAUGAUGAUUGCGAUGACGAUGAUGAGCCCGUCAGCAGUGCCGCUGCGCCCACCUCUCAAGUCGCCGUAGCUACCUCGCAAGUUGCUAUUGUUUCUACAUCGCCCUCGCCCUCGCCCACUCCCAAGUCAACCAAGGUCAAAGAUUCUUCUACAAAGGCCGAGGCACCUGCUUCAUCGCCCGCACCUACCACUUCCGCUACGCCUGUCACUUCCGCUAUGCCUGUCACUUCCGCUGCGCCUGUCACUUCCGCUGCACUUGUCACUUCCGCCACGCCUGAGUCCACGUCGAAGAAGCCCGCUUCAUCGUCUGCCAAGCCUUCGAAGACCUCCUCGAGUGCUCCUGCUGCUACUUCUGCCAGCUCCAUUUCUGACAGCGUCGGCCAAAUUUUGUCUGGUGGAUUCGCUACCUUCUUCUAUCAGGGUGGUGUUGCCGGCGCUUGCGGCGUCGUCCACUCUGACAACGACCUCAUCGCUGCCAUCGAUCAGGACCGCUACGGCGACUCGGGCGAGAAGUCUGACCUCUGCGGAAAGCAGGUGAAGAUCACAAACACCAACAACCAGAAGAGUGUCACCGUCACUAUCGUUGAUGAUUGCCCUACUUGUGUGUCUUCCAACUCGAUUGAUCUCUCCGUCGGCGCCUUCACAGCCAUCGCUACGGAGGAUGAGGGUAUGGUCCCGAUCACGUGGUCAUUCGUCUAAACCCUCCCCGUUCACGGACAGUUUCCCGCACAUAUUCUGUUUCCUCUGCUGCAUUGAUACGCUUUUUUCUUGGGGCUUGCCCUCUAGGCUAUUGGUGGUUUGGCGCUGGGAGAGAUGAGAGCUUUGAUACGAGACUAACGACCCUGGUGGCGGUGGCCUUCCUAUACUUUACUCUUGCCGCUCAUCGUCCAUGCCCCCAUUCCCUAUUUGCUCUGAAAAAAUUUAUGCUCGUCGGUUAUCUUUAUUACAUGGGUCUACUUAACAGAGCACGCAUAUAGUUUCCAUACAGUUGAUAGCUAGCUACGCCUCAAUGGACUCUCGGUCGUGCAGAGCUUUUAUUCGCUGUGCUGAAUGAAAGGAAUGUCUGGUACUUUCAUGAUAUAUGUUAUGUUCUGACUGGUCAGGUUUCGAUGCUGAGAUAUUG